CUGAAACGGAUUCGUUUUAAAAACGUGACGUCAUUUUUAAAAAAGCCGCGCGGGAGCAUCCCCAUCUGACCACACACAGAAACCACUGACAGAAACAUGGGAAAUCCAUGGUGGCCGUUCACUUUAAAUUUAAAACACAUUCCAAGUCACUGGGCACAAUUUCUUCACGUCUUUUCUGCCACUAAACAAUCCCUAAGAGUUUGUAUGCAUGUACGCGGAACUAGUAAUCGCUGAUGAAGUUUGGAGCUCGUGGAMCUGAUUUGUGGGGUACCGUUUUGGCAGGGGUGCAUUUUUCGCCUCAACACCCAUUAAGCGGACUUUAUUCACAGUCUCAAUGGGCUGGACUCUUGUUAUUGUUCUGCACGUCCUUUUUCGGUCAUCUCUGUCAGUUUUGUUCACUGUGGAGGCAGAGAAAACGAACUACAUUUCAGAGUAUGGAGAAAACGUUGUGAUGGGCUGCAGGUUUUCUCCCAAACCCUCCCAUCCUCAGAAAGACCUGAAGGUGACCUGGCUCUGGAUGUCCGCCUCCCCGUAUCAGGAGGUCAUUCGGAAAGUCAACGCGUCGGAGCACUCCACGUCUGAGAAGUACGAGGGCAGAGUGAGGCUCCUUACUGAUGAGCUGCAGCACGGCUGGGCGAAAAUACAGUUGUCCAAUGUGAAGAUCAGUGACUCUGGGGCCUACCAGUGUUUGGUUCAGACUGCAGAAGGAACUGACUAUAAAACCAUAACCUUGUCAGUUGUCGCUCCGUAUAAGCUGAUCUCCAAACACAUAGAGAAGACAGCAGAGGGGGAUGAGGUGCUGCUGACGUGCCAGGCGCAGGGAUACCCCGAGUCUUCAGUGGAGUGGCAGGACGGACUCUCGCUCAGGCACAGUCCCAGCACCACGACUACAACAACACCGGACGGCCUUUUUAAAAUCACCAGUCAGAUAAAAGUCAGCUCUUCUGAGAAAAACAAUUACACGUGCAGCGUCSCAAACGAUGCCACCUCUGCAACAUUUCACAUCCCAGAUGAUAUUCCAACUCCUCAUGUCCAAAAUGACGCUCUCAUCGUUGUGUUGAGCAUAGGCUUGAUUCUGACUGUCGUCGUUGUUGGAGUUCUCACUUACCGACGACGGAAAGGGGUCAGAACUUCCAACACCAAGAACUGUCAUGCUGAUGAGGAGGAUAAAUCUACAUCUGUCUACGUACAGAAAGAUAAAGGAAAUGAGGAGGAAGGACUAAUUAUCAUGAAAAAACAAGCCGAGGAAAAUCUGGAGUCGUAUCUGAAGGCGUAUUAUACUGAAUCCUUUCUCAGUACCGAUACGAGUCGCUGCUGCGAUGGUUUCGCUGUGGAGGAGCUGAUUCAGAGGUUGCAGAACAAUGAGAGCCAGCCUGCAAGACUCCUGGAUUUACUCCCAGAAGCUGGAAAUGUCCUGUUACUAGAAGGACCCCCAGGAAGUGGGAAAACAACCGCAGCCCAUAUCCUGGUUUCCUCUUGGACUGAAGGUCCUAAACAUGCCACCUCUAACCUCGUUGAUCUGGGCUUUAUUGAUCUUCUGGUGUAUCUAAACUGCAGUACUGUGAACGGGGACUUGUUCCAGGAGAUAACAGCUCAGCUCUCUCUCAGUGAAAAGCCAUCAGAGGAGCUGAGGACAGUUUUAUCUGGCUCCAGCACAACUCUGCUGUUACUGGACGGAUACAAAGAAGGACACCAACUUUUUGAUGAGACUGUGAGGAGGUUUAUAAAAGAAAGAGGAUCCUGCAGGGUGUUGGUCACAUCCUGUUCGGACGACUGUCCCACACUGAAGCAGACGCUGGGGUCAGGGGGGAUCCUGAAGCUUCAAGCGCAAUUUGCAAAGUAUUGAAGAAAAAAUUGUUAAACUUUUGUCACUUUUUAAAAACUUGUAAAUACAAAUGUUUUAUGUUUGUUUUCUUAAUGCAUUUGUUUUUU